CAGAUUUUAGUGUGAAUGUGUUUUAAUGUGAAUGUGUUACGCCAAAGAUUUUAAAGAUAUGCCGUCUUACGCCGUUGUUACGACGACAACCAAGUUGCCGAUUGCUGCAAUGAUGAAAGGGCCUGGCCCUGCCAAAUACGGACUACCUUCUUGUUUAGGUCACCCUGGACAUGAUAUCAGAAAGUCCAAAUCACCAGCCUUCUCGUUUGGGCGGCGAUUAAAGACCGUAACCAGCAGUGACAGUCCGGGGCCCGCCUAUAUGUUUCCUGCUCGCAUGACGCGUCAGGGUGGGGACGGUGCUCCUGCGUACAGCUUACAUGGCAGACCCAAAAUGGCCAAACCUCUAGCUACUCCUGCACCAGGGCAUUAUAGACCGGAACGGAGACGUAACAGUGCUUCUGGCUACUCCUUCGGAAUGAGGACUAAAACCUUCACCCACGAUAGCACGCCCUCUCCCAGUGCUUACACUAUACCAUCGUAUGUUGGUAGUGGAGAGCGUUCCUCCAGAGCAGUUUCUCGCUCAUCUGCGCCUGCUUACUCCAUGACCGGAAGAAGCAAAAUUGGGAGCUUCCACGAGGACUUGAGACGGACCCCGGGACCUGGUUCAUAUAAAACUAUCAUACCUUCGGUCUACAAAUACAAGAGCCCAACUUACUCGAUGAAUGGAAGGAACUAUCUUCCUAAUGAUGCAACAAAGAAACCCGGACCAGGGACUUAUACACCAGAAAAAGUAGUAGUUAACAGAGACAUAGCCCCGAAAUUCUCUUUCGGAGUGAGGCAUUCUGAGUACAUGGCCAUGAUGCCAGCGUGCAGGGAAUAGCGAUACCAUUACCAGAUACCAUUAUAGAUUUAUAAAUAUAUAGAUCUUGCAAUUUUAAUGCUUCAGAAUUUUGUUUUCUUUUUAGGAAAAUAUCUUG